UUGUUAAGUUGAUGGUGGAAACGGAAGAGUGCGCGGUACAAAAUACGCUCAUACAAUACGCUCGUUGUAAAUGAAUUUAUUAGUCUAAUAUUAACUUUUUGUAUGAUAAGAAUGUUUUAUAAAUUAUAAAAUUAUUUUAAUUUACGUCCAUACUGUUCGCGGUGUGUGUACGAAGUGGUUGCGUGUUUGACAGAUUUUGGAAUUGUGUUAGGUUAGAUGAGUUUUCAAGUAAUUCUGCAAACGUGAUAGUGAAUUACAAUGGAUUCAGGACCAGCUCAAGAAGUUACUGAGCUUCUGAGGCAAUGGGAGGAGCAGCAUACGUCCCCAAAUUAUGAUCCUAUACCAACUUUGACAAGGAUCGCGGAAAUAAUAGAAGCGGAGACGGAGAAUUUUAUGAAGAAAGACCCUGACCCGUUCGACGAACGGCAUCCCUCACGGACGGACCCCGAGUGUGCGCUGGGGCAUGCGCUUAAAGUUAUGUUUAAAAAAGAUAAUUUUAUGACAAAGCUAGUAAAUGAUUACGUCCGCGACACGUACUACUCGAGGCAGAAUAUAACGGGGCGGGAUGUACAUAAACUAAACGUGGCCGCCUGCAGACUGACCCUGGAUCUGAUGCCCGGCCUCGAAAUGAGCGUCGUCUUUCAGGAUAACGAGGCUCUGAUCCAUCGGUUAGUCAAUUGGGCGACGAAUUCGCCGGAACCGCUGCAAUGCUACGCUACAGGUCUCCUAGCUGCUGCGAUGGAAGUGCAGGAGAUCGCGACUAACUUCAGAGAUCUGAACGCCAUGUUAAUACCACUGAUGCUGAAGAGGCUACACGAGUUGAGGAACAAACAUGAUGACAAACCAAAUCAAAAUUUAGUGACUCCACCGAAUCAGACGAGACACUUCGCGCGUUUCGACAAGAGAAGGAACAAUGAUAUCAAAUGUAACGGACCGACACCGGAUAAAAAAGAUCGCGACAAAGACGAGGGCGGAGGGGGGGACAUGUUGGUCGAUGAGACCCCGCCCGUCAUCAAAGAUCCAGAAACUCCCGUCAAGAACUACAGCACGUACGCGGCGUCGCCGGAGCGCGGGCUGAUGUCGCCGCCGGCGCGCCCGCACGCGCACGAGACGUCCUCCAACUCCAGCUGGGCCGAGAUGGAGACAUACGUCAUAGGCAAUAUACAAAUCCAUCCACCGACAGACGCGACCAAACAGAUGUUGAUAUUAAGGUAUCUGACGCCGAUGGGGGAAUAUCAGGAGUUCCUGUCGCACGUGUUCGAGAAGAACGCCCUGGGCCUGAUCCUGGGCUACCUCAACGUGCGCGAGUCUCGAGACUCCAGGCUCGCCUUCGAAGCGCUCAAGUACCUCGCGGCGCUGCUGUGCCAUAAGAAAUUCUCCAUCGACUUCAUCAACAUGGGUGGACUACAGAAAUUCCUCGAAGUGCCUCGUCCGUCCGUGGCCGCGACCGGCGUGUCCAUCUGCCUGUACUACCUCGCGUACUGCGAGGACGCCAUGGAGAGAGUGUGCCUCAUGCCGCGACACACUCUCGCGGACCUCGUCAAGUAUGCGUUGUGGCUUCUAGAAUGUUCUCACGACUCCGGCCGCUGUCACGCGACCAUGUUCUUCGGUCUCUCCUUCCAGUUCCGUGUAAUACUCGAGGAGUUUGAUAACCAGGACGGUCUCCGCAAACUGUACAACGUGAUCUCGACGCUGCCGAUCCUCGGCUCGGAGGAGGAGGAGUCGCGCGUGUCCGACGACGAGACGUGCGCCGCGCGGCAGAUCGUGCGCCACGUGUGCGUCGCGCUGCGCAGAUACUUUGAGGCUCAUUUGAGGAUACGCGCCGCUCAAGUUGCGAGACAACAAGGCGAUAAUGUUCCCGAACCACCUCCGUACAAAGCGUCGAAGUCGACUCCGGAGGAGAUCCAAGAACAGAUCGAGAUGGUGCAGGGGGCGGCCUGGGCGCGCUGGCCGCCCGUCGACGAGCUGCUAGAGCUCGGAGGGGUGGCGUUGCUGCUGCAGGUCGUGGGGUACGCCUACGACUGGAAUUUCAACGGCAGGGCGGAAACAGUUCGCUCAGCGUUGGACGUGGUGUCCGUGUGCUGCGUGGCUCCGCGGGUGCAGCUGCUGCUCACCGAGAAGAUCGACAUGCGGGACGCGGACCUCACCACCGGCGUGCACAUCGUGCUUGAAGGAGCGGCGGACGGCGACAUCGUGCCGGAGCCCGAGGUGCAGCGCGCCGCGCUCAACGUGCUCGUCAACUGCGUGUGCGCGCCCGUGCAGCGCGCGGGCGCUUCAACGACGCGCUUCUCAAUAACGGGCUCCAGUAAAAAGAAGACAACCGCCAAGUCGUACGAGGACGUCAUACAGAAGGUGUGGGAGAGUGUACGGACGAACAACGGGAUUAUGGUGCUGCUGUCGAUGAUGAUGGUGAAGUCGCCCAUCACGGACGCGGACCGGCUCCGGGGGCUGGCGUGCCGAGCGCUGGCCGGCCUGGCGCGCUGUCCCACCGUGCGGCAGAUCAUCUCCAAGCUGCCGCUCUUCACCACGUCACAUCUGCAGGUGCUGAUGCGAGACCCGAUACUCCAGGAGAAACGACAGGAGCACGUGAUGUUCCAGAAGUACGCGCUGGAGCUGCUGGAACGAGUCUCCGGCAAGAGCAAGCACAUGGGAGCCGAGUUCGAGACCUCGCUAGCGAACAUACACAGGGCGAACGUGGUGGCGCAGACGCGCAUCAGCUACAACGAGCGGCAGCUGCUGCAGCUGGUGGCCGAGCACCUGCGCGCGCGCGGCCUGCGGGACAGCGCGGCGGCGCUCGUGCGCGAGGCUCGCCUGCCGCCGCCCGCGCCCGCCGCGCCCGCACCGCCGCCGCCGCCGCCGCCCGUCUACACGCCCGCCACGCCCUCCCGGCCCCGCCUGUCCGUGUCGCGCACGAGCAGCUGCGGCGCGCUGCACCGCGACAGCCUGGACCACGCCUCGCUCUCGCACGCGCACACGCACGCGCACCACGAGGACAGCCCCAUGCCGACCGUUAUCAAGCUGAGAAAAGUCCAAAACCCUGCCUUGUCUUCGCCAGUGCAAGGGGGCGCCACGACGCCUGGCUCCGAACACAAGCGUUCCCUCCAGAAGCAGCUGAGCGCGGCGGGGGGCGACCGGCCGCCGUCCCCCCCGCGGAUCACGCUGCACUCCAUCAUCACCGAGUACCUCUACAACCAGCACGCGCUCUGCAAGAACCCCGUGGUCACGUGUCCGCAAUUUAAUUUGUUCGAGCCGCACAAGUGCCCGUCGCCGGCGGCGGGCGGGCUGGCGUCGGUGAGCGCGCGCGGCGCGGAGGCGGGCAGCGUGCUGGCGCGCGUGGUGCGCCGCGAGCUGGGCGCGCCGCCCGCCCGCCGCGCGCACGCGCGCCUCGCGCACUCGCACUUCGCGCACGUGCGCACGCUGCGCCUGCAGGACGACGACGCCUACUUCACGCACACCAUCUUCCACCCGACACAACAGCAGCUGCUGACGGCGACGUCGUCGGGCGACAUCCGGAUAUUCAACUUGUUCACGGGAGUCGAAGAGAACUCGUAUCAAGUGCACGAAUCUUACAUAUACCAUAUGCAGGCGAGCAGAGAUGGGUGCUUGUUGCUAGCGUCUUCGACGACAUCGUGGAGGACGCUCUCUGCGCUCUGGAACAUGAAGGAGUUCGAGCAACUCUUCCAGCUCGACAACGAGGAGUACGUCGAGUUCUCGAAGAUGUCCGACGAUCGCAUCAUCGGCACGAAAGGCGAGACGGCGAGCAUCUUCGAUACGCGCACCGGACACGAGCUCAUGACCCUCACGCCGGCCAUCAGCAACCAGUACGCGAAGAACCGCGCCACCUUCAACCCCACGGACGAGCUCGUCCUGUCAGACGGCGUUCUGUGGGACGUGAACACGGGCAAAGAGAUACACAAGUUCGACAAACUCAACCAGACGCACAGCGGGGUCUUCCAUCCCAACGGGCUGGAGGUGAUAUCGAACACUGAAGUGUGGGAUCUUCGAACGUUUCAUUUAUUGAGAACAGUGCCUUCAUUAGACAAGUCCGAAGUGAUCUUCAACCCGACGUGCACGGCGCUGUACGCGGUGUGCUCGGACCAGGACUCGGAGGAGCGCAGCCAGUUCGACACCAGCUUCAAGACGCUCGACCCUUACGACUACUCCAGCAUAGCUACGAUAGACGUGAAGCGCAACAUCUACUCGCUGGGCGUUUCCCGCUUCGGGACGCAGAUAUCGCUCGUGGAGAAUUUGGGGGACUUCGAGCAGGUACAGGAGUCCUGCGUCAAGCUCUACGACGUGGGCCGGAAGAGGGACCACGACGACGACGCGGAGGAGGAAGAAGAGGAGGAGUUAGCGGGAGGAUCCGACAAUGACGACGGCUCGGACUCCGGCUCCGACAAUGAUGACGACUUAGCGUCCAGCCUGCUGCGCAACGCGGUGCUGGGGCUGGCGGAGGGCUCCGGCUCCGGCGACUCGUCCGGCGAGCGAGAACACGACGAGCCGCGCCGACGCCGAGUGCGCACGCGCAGGCGGGCGGCCGAGGGGCACAGCAGCGACAGCGACGGGGACAUUGACUUCGACAAUAUCAUCGAGUUUGAGAUCGAUUAGCGGGCCAAUAAAUCAUUUGAACGAUA